AUGCCAGGUGAACGUUUAUUGAAUGUUUUGUGUGCUGUAUGUGGUGAUCGAUCAUCUGGGAAACAUUACGGUAUUUACAGUUGUGAUGGCUGUUCGGGUUUUUUUAAACGGAGCAUUCAUCGACAUCGUCAUUAUGUAUGUAAAGCGCAAGGUGAAUUGAAAGAUAAAUGUCCUGUUGACAAAACUCAUCGAAAUCAAUGUCGAUCUUGUCGAUUGGCUCGAUGUUUCUUGGUCAAUAUGAAUAAAGAUGCUGUUCAACAUGAACGUGGACCUCGUAAAUCAAAACAGAAAAUUCUCAGUGUUUCCAGUAUGAUAUUGCCGAAUUCAAAUGGACAAACCCGACCACCUAUUGCUUGUUCAUCAUCUCCAACAAUAGUCAAUGCGUCAACAACAUCAAUACAAAAUCAUUUUAAUCGAAAACCUAAACUUGUUUCUACACAACAACAUCAACUAUCUUGUUUACCAUCAAUGGACAAUUACAAUUCAUUUCCAACUAUCAUGAGUCAAAUAACAUUAUAUGAAGCAGCAGCACGUCUUUUAUUUACCAUGACCAAUUGGUUAGAAACAGUAUCUUCAUUUAAAAAUCUUCCUAAUGAUGAUCAACGUUCACUUCUUGAAGUUAAUUGGCAUAAUCUGCUUAUAGUCAAUUUAAGUCAAUGGAUGAUACCCAUAAUGGCUAUUCAAUUAACAAACAGUACACUUACACAAACAGAUCAAAUAGAAAUACAACGUCUAUGUGAUUGCAUUUAUAAAUUACGAUCACUUGCAUUAGAUGCCUAUGAAUAUACUUAUGUUAAAACUCUUUCACUUUAUCAAUGUUCAGCUAAAGCAUUAAUCAAUCAAACUCAUAUUGAUGCUUGCCAAGAGCAUGCUCUUUUCGUAUUGCGUACAAGCUUAAUGUCUCAUUCGGCAGUAACAUAUUCCAUGAAAUUCAACCAACUUGUUGGAAUAAUUCAAAUGAUGAAUCAGAUAUCAGCAAGCAGUGUACAACGUAUUUUAUUCCCAAGUAUAACAUCUGAUGUGCCAGUUGGUAAAAUUCUUUGGGAACUUUAUCGAUCAAAACCUAGUGAGCCAACAGCAUAA